CCUCGACACACACGCGCUAAGCCUGUCGACCAAUCAGGAGGCGCCCGAUCCGAGCCAGCACGUGCGUGUUCGCGAGCGUGUGCGCGUGUGACAGAGCUGUGGAGGAGCAGCCGCGAGGUGCGAGGCAGGCGAGCCCCGUCUUGUGCGCCCCCGCCAGACGACAGACUCAAGUGGCCGGAGAAGAGUCGACAUGAGCGGCCACUUUGACGAGGACGUCCGCGAAAGGGCCGAGAGAAAGGGCAGCAAGUCCCCCACGCUGCUCUCCUCCUACUGCAUUGACAGCAUUCUGGGCCGCCGCAGCCCGUGCAGGGUCCGUCUCAUUAGCACACUGCCAGCCAGGGGGGAGCUGGACAAGGCGUCGGAGGGGCCGACCAAAGAGCUUUCCCUGAGCGCCGAUAUGCAUCUGCCCCCGAAGCUGCGCCGCCUGUACGGCCCCGGAGGCAAGUACCUCCAGGAGCAGGCGGACAAGCUGGAGCGCGAGCGGCUCCUCCUGGAAGGCGCCGCCGAGAGCCUCAAGAUCAUACAGGCGCCGCAGGUGAGCAUCAGCCGCAGCAAGUCGUACAGGGAGAACGCGACCCUAAGCCGGCCAGAAGGCGAGCGGAGCCCCGGCGAGGGCUCGGAGGACGGCGGCGCGACGGGCCUGGUGGAGCUCGGCACCUUAAAGUUCGACGAGGACGCGGUGAAGACGGAGGAGGAGAGCUGCGGGGACGCGGCCGCGAGCCCGUCGCCCAAAGACGACGAGAGGGAGGGCUUGAACGCCGGCGACGGGGAGGACAGCGUGUGUCUGUCGGCGGGCAGCGACUCCGAGGAGGGCAUGAUGAAGCGCAAGCAGAGACGAUACAGGACUACCUUCACCAGUUACCAACUGGAGGAGCUGGAGAGGGCUUUCCAAAAGACGCACUACCCCGACGUCUUCACCAGGGAAGAGCUCGCCAUGCGUUUGGAUCUGACCGAAGCCCGAGUCCAAGUGUGGUUUCAGAACCGUAGGGCCAAGUGGAGGAAACGCGAAAAGGCAGGGGUGCAAGGCCACCCAGCAGGCCUUCCCUUCCCGGGCCCUCUGGCUGCAGGUCACCCUCUCAGCCACUACCUGGAGGGAGGCCCCUUCCCGCCUCACCCGCACCCCGCCCUCGAGUCGGCAUGGACAGCGGCCGCGGCGGCCGCCGCCUUCCCCGGCCUCGUCCCGCCACACCACAACGGUUCCGCGCCUCCUCUGGCCACCCCGCUCGGCCUGGGCACUUUCCUGGGCACGGCCGCCAUGUUUCGCCACCCGGCUUUCAUGGGGCCGACUUUUGGGAGGCUCUUCUCCACUAUGGGUCCUCUGACCAGCGCUUCCACCGCCGCGGCGCUCCUGCGGCAGCCCGCCCCCGCCGUCGACGGCGCCCAUCCGACCACCCUCCUCCCGGACCCGACCCCUGCUUCCGCCCCCUCGUCCUCAGCUGUGGCGGACCGUCGAGCCUCCAGCAUCGCCGCCCUGCGCCUCAAGGCCAAGGAACACUCGGCUCAGCUCACCCAGAUCAACAUCCUGCCCCCCGGCGCAGCGGGGAAGGAGGUGUGCUGAACCUAUCGAGGCCUCCCCCUCUCCCAUUCGAUGAUAUCCCUGCCACUCCGAACGUUGGAGCUCUCUCACCCCCCAACAUAGUAGCACGACCAAAGUCGCACAAA